CUGCGCUCCGAAGAAAAGAGCCAAUCAUCAUCCUCUUACCCUCUCUUGCGCCGUCUCCUAAACCCCCCACCCCCCCACUUCCCCUUCUUCUCCUCCUUCCCUCUCCACUUCUGUCGUCUUCCUUGACGCCUGCGACGGAGAGCGAGAGAGAGAGAGAGAGAGGGAGGGGGAGGGGGGAGAGAGAGCGCGAGCGAGAUGGUGAUGUGGGUGUUCGGCUACGGCUCUCUCAUAUGGAAGACAGGCUUCCACUACGACGAGAGGGUUGUUGGCUUCAUCCGAGGAUACCGCAGAGUCUUCUACCAAGGCAGCACGGAUCACCGUGGGACCCCUGAUUUUCCCGGGAGAACCGUCACGCUGCAGGCCUUCCCCGGAGAACUCUGCUGGGGAGUCGCAUACAAAAUAUCUGGACAGGAAGAUCAGAAGAAGGCAUUAGAAUACCUUGAAGUAAGGGAAAAGCAAUACGACUCAAAGGUUUAUCUUGAUUUCUUUACUGACCCGGAUUCUAUGACUCCAGCUAUCAAUGGUGUAAUGGUAUACAUGGCUUCACCAGACACAAGGACCAAUAAGAAUUACUUGGGACCAGCACCUUUGGAAGAAAUGGCCAAACAAAUCAUCCAUGCUGAAGGACCAUCCGGACCCAACAGGGACUAUAUUUUCCAUCUUGAAAAUGCAUUGAACCAAUUGGGAUGUGACGACUUGCAUGUCAGAGAUGUUGCUAAUGCUGUCCGGAAAAUUCUCUUAGAGAUGAAAACUGAUUUAUAAUUUGGAUUUGUGGCAUCAUACCUCCAAUAUUGCUUUUGAAUUUGAGCACAAUAGAAUGCUUAUCAUCCCAUGCACUUGAUUAUUUAUUUCUGCAACUUCAGCUUGGGUCAGUGUUGUAGUCUACUGUACCCGACUUUGUGGUUGCAAAGGAUCGUAUUUUUAUCCUUUUUUAAACUUGUUAAAUGCCAUCAGCAAGAGGAACAUUAGAUAGUUAUACAGGUAAAAUGCUUUUCUGUGAAUGUUAACCU